AUGUCGUCGUAUGAUAACACUACUGUGAUGACUUUGCUGUCCAACACCUCGUGGGACUUUGUGACUACAACCACAAGCGUUGGCAGUGACUCGCAGGCUGCAGCAAGCAUCUCGACGACCGUUGUGGAGAUGCUGAUGACGACAAACUCAAGCGCUGAAGCGAGCAGCUCGGGGAAAUCAGGAGCCACCAUGUUGCAAAUCAUUGCCUUCGCCAUCUCAGGAGGAGUAGCAGGCUUGCUUCUGCUCAUGUGGUGUUACUUCUUCGGAUUCCGCAAGUACGGGUGA